AGCAUUUGAAAGCGCGCGACCCAGUGACCCAGUGACCCAGUGUAGCAUCUGUUUCUGGCUUUGCCCAUUGAUUUGCUAUGGCAUUGCGCGGGCAGACGACUCCCUUUGGACCCUAUGGCGGCUUGGUGCCAGCGGAGGAAAGGCAGUCCGAGAACCCGGAGCGCCUGGCAGCGUUGGGCGCGGGGGACGGCAGCGCGGACGUGGAGUACGAGCAGUUCCUCAAGGCCAAGGAGGUGCAGCGAGCCAUGUUCAAGGCUGAGAACAAGACCAUUGUGCAUCAGUGCGCAGACACAGAUAUGAUCCAGCCCAACGAGGGCUCCAUCGCCUGCAUCGAUGGGAACCAGGCAGCAGCGCAUGUGGCCUACGCCCUCAGCGACUGCGCCUUCAUCUAUCCCAUCACCCCUAGCUCUCCCAUGGGUGAGAUGGUGGACGAAUGGGCCGCCCAAGGCCUCAUCAACUGCUACGGCCAGAAGCUCAGCGUCACGGAGAUGCAGAGCGAGGCAGGCGCCGCCGGGGCGCUGCACGGCUCGCUCAAGGCUGGGGCCUUCUCCACCACCUUCACCGCCAGUCAGGGCCUGCUGCUGAUGAUCCCCAACAUGUACAAGAUUGCAGGAGAGUUGUUGCCCUGCGUGAUGCACGUGGCGGCGCGCGCGUUGGCCGGCCAAGCGCUGUCCAUCUUUGGGGACCACUCUGACGUCAUGGCCUGCCGCGCCACGGGCUGGGCGAUGCUGGCCUCCGAGUCGGUGGAGAUGGUGCAGUACAACGCCCUGGUGGCGCACUUGGUGUCCAUGGAGCGGCGCGUGCCUGUGCAGCACUUCUUCGACGGCUUCCGUACCUCCCAUGAGGUCAACAAGGUGAAGCUCAUCGACUACAACACCAUGAAGCAGUUCAUUAACUGGGACGCGGUGAAGGAGCACCACGAGCUGGCGAUGAACCCUCGGCACCCCCACGUGCAGGGCACCUCCCAGGGCCCCGACAUUUUCUUCCAGUGCGUGGAGGCGGGCAACACCUUCUAUGAUGGCCUGGCUGAUCUUUUUGAAGCCAAGUCCAGGCUGGUGGAGGAGAAGCUCGGCGUGCACUACGCGCUGUACGCCUAUGAGGGCCACCCGGAGGCCAAGCACGUGAUCGUUGUCAUGGGCAGCGGCGCGGUGACAUGCAGCGAGACCGCGCAGUACCUGCAGGAGAAGGGCCAGAAGGUUGGUGUGCUAAAGGUGCGCCUCUUCCGGCCCUGGAGCCGGGAGCGGUUCAUGGCCGCCCUGCCCAAGACCACGGAAAGGAUUUGCGUGCUGGACCGCACCAAGGAGCCGGGCUCCCAGGGUGAGCCACUGCAGCUGGAGGUGUCCACGACUCUUCAGCUCUUGAGCCGCAGCGACCUCGUGUGCAUUGGCGGGCGCUACGGCCUCGGGUCCAAGGAGUUCACGCCCAACAUGGUGCUCUCCAUUUACGAGAACCUUGCCCAGGACUCGCCCAAGCCGCGUUUCACCGUGGGCAUCACGGAUGACGUCACCAAGCUCUCGCUGCCGGUUGGGGACUGGCUGGAUGUGCUGCCCAAGGGCACCACCGAGUGCAUGUUCUACGGGUUGGGCUCCGAUGGCACCGUGGGCGCCAACAAGAGCGCGGUGAAGAUGAUCGCGCUGGGCACCGAGCUUUAUGCGCAGGCCUACUUCGAGUACGAUGCCAAGAAGAGCGGCGGCGUCACCAUCAGCCACCUGCGCUUUGGGCCCAAGCCCAUCCAUGCCCCGUACAACGUGCGCUCAGCCGACUACCUGGCUGUGCACAAGGCGAGCUACGUGGCCAACUACGACAUGACGCGGUACCUGAAGCCCAACGGGGUGUGCGUCAUCAACUGCUCCUGGGCCAUCCAAGACCUGGAGGCUCAGCUGCCGGCGAAGAUGCGCCGGGACCUAGCGGUGAAGAAGGCCAAGCUCUUCCUCAUCGAUGCCACCGCCAUUGGCGUCAAGGCUGGCUUGGGCAAGCGCAUCAACAUGAUCAUGCAGACCGUCUUCUUCAAGUUGAGCGGAGUGAUGCCCUUCGAGGCGGCCAUCGAGAUGCUGAAGAAGAGCAUCAAGAAGAUGUACGGCAAGAAAGGCGACAAGGUGGUUCAGAUGAACAUCGACGGCGUGGAUGCCUCAGUGUCCGGCAUCGUGGAGGUGCCCGUGCCGGAUGCCUGGGCCUCGCUCUCCGUGCCUGGAGAGGAGCGCAGCGUCGCCGUGGAGUCCAAGGGCCCGCGGAAGAUCGUGGACCUCGCGCCCAAGGAGUUUGCCGACAGCGUGCAGUUCCCCUGCAACAACCUGGACGGCAACAGCCUGCCGGUGAGCUCCUUCGUGCCGGGCGGCCGCGUGCCGCUGGGCACCUCGCAGUUCGAGAAGCGGGGCAUCGCCAUCAACGUGCCGAGGGUCGACAUGGACCUCUGCACGCAGUGCAACAAGUGCAGCUUGAUCUGCCCGCAUGCUGCGGUGAGGCCGUUCCUGGCGACCACCCAGGAGCUCUCCAAGGCGCCGGCAGACUUCCGCGCCGGCAGCCGCGCGGCCAUCGGCGGGGGCGUGCUGGACAGCUUGCAGUACCGCAUCCAGGUCAGUCCCCUGGACUGUACGGGCUGCGAGCUUUGCGUACGCAUCUGCCCCGCUGACGCACUGAAGCUGGCAGAAGCCGGGAAGGUGGUGCAGGAGGAGAAGGCGAACUGGGACUUUGCCUUGACGCUGCCGGAGCGGGGGGACGAGUUGGACAAGACCACGGUGAAGGGCUCCCAGUUUCAGAAACCUUUCUUGGAGUUCAGCGGAGCCUGCGAGGGCUGCGGCGAGACGCCCCACGUGAAGCUCAUGACGCAGCUCUUCGGGGAGCGCCUGGUCAUCGCCAACGCCACGGGCUGCUCCUCGAUUUGGGGCGCGUCCAACCCGUCGAUCCCCUACACCGUGAACUCCAAGGGCGAAGGCCCCGCCUGGGCAAACUCGCUCUUCGAGGACAACGCGGAGUUCGGCUUCGGCAUGCGCAAGGCCUUCAAGCAGCGCCGGGACCACUUGGCCCUGCAGGUCGAGGAAACCCUAGGGGACAAGACGGUGGUGAUGAGCGAGGAGCUGCGCAGCGCGCUGAACCAGUACCUCGUGAUGCGCAAGGAGAACAUGCACGACCUGCUGCUGCCCCGGGGCCGCAGCAUCUACCACCAGAUGAUGGAAAAGCUGGUGCCGCUGCUGGAGAAGGAGAAGGGCACGCAUGCCAAGAUCAAGAACCUCCACGACUUGCAGGACAUGUUCGGGCGCAGCAGCUUCUGGAUCGUGGGCGGGGACGGCUGGGCUUACGACAUCGGGUACGGCGGCCUGGACCACGUCAUCGCCAGCGAGGAACAUGUGAACAUCCUGGUGCUGGACACUGAGAUGUACAGCAACACCGGAGGGCAGGCCUCCAAGGCAACCCCGAAGGGUGCCAUGGCCAAGUUCGCUGAGGGCGGAAAGUUGACCCAGAAGAAGGACAUGGGGCAGCUGGCCAUGACCUACAAGAACGUCUACGUCGCAAGUAUUUGCGUCCACGUGAACCCUCAGCAGGCCGUGCGCGCCAUGAUUGAGGCGGAUGCUUACGCAGGCCCCAGCCUGAUCCUGGCCUACGCACCCUGCAUCUCCCAGGGCUACCCGAUGGCGGAGUCCAUUCAGCACUGCCAGAUGGCCGUGGACAGUGGCUACUGGCCUUUGUACCGCUACAACCCGGACCUGGCGGCGCAGCAUAACAACCCCUUCCAGCUGGACAGCAAGAAGAUCAAAGGCGACCUCUUCAAGUUCCUGGCCAAGGAGAACCGCUUCGCGGCGGUCAUGCGCCGCGACCCGAAGAUCGCCCAGGAGUUGGACGACAAGCUUCAGCAGAACGUGGUGCAGAAGAAUCACCUCUUGCAGGUCCUGAACAAGGAGGAUCUGGACGGUCAGUUCAGCAAGUUGGUGGAGGGCUUGUCAGAUGCCUCCAGCACCAGCGACAUGGUUACGGUGCUGUACGGCAGCGAGACCGGGAAUGCUGAGGAGCAGGCGAAGAACCUCAUGCAGGACAUCCGCGCCCGCGGGCUGAAGGCGCAGGUGUCGUCCUUGGAUGACUUCGACUUUGAGGAGCUGCCCAACCAGAAGAUCGUGAUUUUGGUGGUCUCCACCUGCGGCCUGGGCGAGAUCCCGGCCAACUGCAAGCAGACCUGGAUGAAGCUCCAGUCCCAGGACCUGCCCAUGAGCUGGCUGUCGGGCACCAAGUUUGCCGUCUUCGGGCUGGGCGACUCUACGUACAGCCAGUUCUGCGUGGCGGCCAUCCAGUUCGACACUCGUUUCGGGGAGCUGGGCGGACAGCGCAUGCUGCCCCGCGGCGUGGGCGACGACCGGGACGAGGACCGGUACUACACCGGCUGGGAGGCCUGGCUUCCCGAGCUUUGGAAGGCGCUGGGCCUGCCGCAGAUGCCCCUCACCCAGGAGGCGCCUGCGCCCUGCUACCGCGUGGAUGUGAGCGGCACCGGAAAGCCCCCGGUCAGCGAUGACGACAUCGUGCCCCCGGGCGCCUCCAAGCUGCAGCUGCUGCACAACUCCCUGCUGGUGCCUGAGAAGUACGAUCGGGACAUCCGGCACUACGAGUUCAAGAUCGAGGGCACUCCGGUGAGCUACAAGACCGGCGACAGCCUGGCGGUGUGGCCGAGGAAUCCCAUCGACAAGGUGGAGGAGUUCUGCAAGAUGAUGGGCUUCGAUGCCACGCAGAACCUCCGGGUGCUGCCCCAGGAAGGUGCCAGGAACUGGUGCCCCCAGGAGCUGAGCGUGCGGCAGCUCUUCAGCCACGUGCUGGACGUCUUUGGGAAACCCAACCGAAAGUUCUUCGAGACGCUGUCCUUCUUCGCCAAGGAGGAGGCCGACAAGAAGGCGCUGCGCAGCGUGGUCGAGAACGGCUCGGAGGGCCAGGCGCUUUACCGAGACCUGACCCACGACUUUGCGCACCAUGCGGACGUCUUCAAGAAGUUCCCGAGCGCGCGGCCGCCCAUCGAGCAGCUGCUGAACAUGAUCCCUGUGCUGAAGCCCAGGAGCUACUCCAUCGCCAGCUCGCCCAUGAUGCACCCGGAGAAGAUCCAGCUCUGCGUGGUGUUGGUGGACUGGACCGUGGAGAGCACCCAGGAGCUCCGCCUGGGCGAGGCCACAGGCUACAUGCGCCAGCAGCAGCCUGGCGCCACCCUGAUGUGUGCGGUGCGGCAGAGCGCCAUCGUGUUGCCCAAGGACCCCACCAAGCCGGUGAUCAUGGCCGGCAUGGGCACGGGCUUGGCUCCCUGGAGGGCGGUGACCCAGGAGCGCAUCUGCCAGCACCGGCAGGGCUUGAAGGUGGGGCCCUGCCACCUCUUCUUCGGCGCCCGCUAUGCGGCAGAAUACCUCUACAGAGACGAGUUUGAGGGCUACGUCAAAGAGGGCGUGCUGUCCAUGCACACUGCCUUCUCACGCGAGCAGGCACGAAAAAUCUACGUGCAGCACAAGAUCGUGGAGGCCGGCAAGGAGGUGCACGAGUGCAUGCUGCAGCAGGAGGGCCACUUCUACGUGUGUGGCUCCGCGAGGCAGGUGCCAGAGGAUAUCUACACGGCCAUGAAGGAGGUGAUGAUGGCCAACGAGCGAGUGGGGGAGGACGACGCAGAGGCCAUUCUCUCCAAUCUGAAGAUGGAGGGCCGCUACACCGUGGAGGCUUGGUCCUAGGUGACGCGCAUGCAUGCGGGAGCUUUGGGAAAGUUGCAGAAAAGUCAGGCUCAGAUUCUCAGAGCUCCGGCAAGGUUUCUUUUGUUCCGCUGGGCAAAUAUUUAAAGUAGGG